GCCGCUGGAAGGCGCCACGAGCUCGCGGGCAUGGAGCUGGCGGGAGCAGAGUGCGGCACGAGGGCUCUGUCCCUGGCGUUCGCUGCCAUGGCUGCUCUCCUCGUAGGCCUGGACAGAGAGACCGAGACGGUGGUAUUCAUCAGGAGAACGGCCACUGCCAGGGAUUUGACUGCCCUUUGGGUGAUGACCGUGACUGCUUCUGUGGCCGCCGGGUAUCACUUUCUGCAGCUCUGCAGGUGCAUGGCUUCGGCCGGCCUUGGCCGGAGUUCGAGUCUGCAGAGCAAGUUGGCGGCGUGGCUCCAGUUCCUGCUAGACCAGGGAGCCGCAUAUGCCACCUUCCUAACAACCAUGGCGGGGCUCCAAGGGUCGCUGGUGGGGGUGUUCGGCGUGCACAAAUUGCAAUGGAUGAAGCUAUGCAACAUCUACGGUAGGUUCUGCCGGGAGAUUGGCGGCGGUGUGAUAUGCGCGUUAGUCGCAACUUUCACCAUGGCAAUUGUGGCAGCCAUCUCCGCCCACCGCCUUUUCAAGCUCUAUCCUCGCGGCUCUUUACACUCAAAGUAGGCUUUUGGCACUUGUGGUAUCGCUAAAAAAAUUAUGCGAGUUUACGAUAAAUAUUUAAAAUUGUAAAAUAAAUUUUAAAUUAAUUGAAUCGAACUUUUAAAUUCACUUGA